AUGACAAUUUCUUCAUAUGAACGGCUGAAAAAGGAUACGAAAGCAUUGUUUGAAACGCCUACAGCGGCAGCUCUUCGGAACUCCUUGUACAAUCAAAAAAGCAACUUGGCGUAUGAGAAAUGCAUCACUAACCUAUCUCUCUAUUCUCAGUUUAGUCAGUUACCAGGUUACUUAGAGAGGAAGCUAAACAAGCAUAAAAAUAUUUUAGAGAAACUGAAAGAAGAAUCGCCAAAUGCAAAUACAAAGGAUGAUCUAGGCUUACCGAUCAUUGACGGUAACCAAGCUCUAGUUACCAGAUCUACUACAACUAAAUCGUCUGCUCUAUCGAAGCUGCAAAAGAAUCAGAUUCUUUACAAAGACAGACGCUCGGAAGACAUUUUUGCAAACGAUUUGAUUGUUCCAAAGUUACACAAGUCGAACCAAAAGGUUACUCAACAUAUGAAAUGGAAAAUGUUCCGAGUGUUGAUGGGGCACACUGGCCAGGUGACGGCGCUUGCGUUUGACCCUCAAAACAAGUACUUUGUUACGGGAUCGAGCGAUAGAACCAUAAAAAUAUGGAAUCUUGCGAGUGGCCAAUUACAGCUCACACUAACAGGUCAUAUUAUGGCAGUCAGGGGACUUGUCGUGUCCGACAGGCAUCCUUACAUGUUUAGUUGCUCGGAGGACAAAUCAGUGAAGUGUUGGGAUUUGGAGAAGAAUAAGGUGGUUCGUGAUUAUCACGGACACCUCAGUUCGGUUUAUACUAUUGACAUUCAUCCAACUUUGGAUCUCAUAGUAACAGGAGGUCGGGAUUCUUCUGUGAAGGUGUGGGAUAUAAGAACCAAGCUUCCAGUGUACACGCUUACUGGCCACAAAAAUACCGUCAAUAAAGUGUAUUGCCGAUCUACGGACCCUCAGAUUAUCAGCUGCUCGAUGGAUUCUACUGUCAAGACAUGGGAUCUAGUUGCUGGCAAAUGCGACAAGACUCUCACUUAUCACUCGAAGUCUGUUCGAAGCUUCUGCUGCGAUGAGACCAGAGAAGAGUUCAUUUCAGGCUCGGCGGAUGGACUUAAGAAGUUCAACCUACCAAGUUGUGAGUACCUACAAGAGGUGGACGGGCUACCCCACGAUCAGCUCAACCAGGGUAAUUUAAUUCUUAACUCUAAUUGUUGCAACAACGACGGAAUCAUGUUUGUUGGCGCAGAUAACGGACAGUACGGAUUCUGGGACUGGGAAAGUGGCACAGUAUUCGAACAGGGAACUACUAUACCAGUGCCAGGCUCGUUGAAUAGUGAGAAGGGCAUUCUUUGCUCGUCUUUCGAUCGAAGCGGUAUUCGACUUGUUACAGGUAACGUGGAUAAGAGCGUGAGAGUUUGGAAACCGGUUAAUGAAUAA